AUGUACGAUCUAAUUGCAGUAGGUGGAGGCAGUGGGGGCCUUGCUCUAUCCAAAAGAUCCACCAGUAUUUAUGGAAAGAGAGUGCUGCUAAUCGAUAAAACAGUUCUUGGAGGAACGUGUGUGAACAACGGGUGCAUCCCUAAGAAAAUGCUGUACAAUGCAGCGUAUCUACACUCAGAGGCAGAGUGCAUAGACAGACAUUCUGAAAUAGAGUUUGACUGCAACCAGUUCAGAGAAAAAAGAGAAAAGUACAUAGCCUUUUUGAAUAACAUGUACGCUGAGAGAAAUAAAAAAGACGGGGUAAAAACUGUCACAGGCACAGCAACUGUGCACAAGGACAGGGUGGAAGUCAAUGGAGUAGAGUACAAAGGAAGCCACAUUGUACUGGCAAUGGGCUCAUAUCCUAAAAUGAUCGACUGUUUAGGAAAUAACAAUCUGCUGUCCAGUGAUGACUUUUUCAGGUUUGAAAGCAUACCCAAGUCAGUGGCCAUCAUAGGCACAGGAUACAUUUCAAUAGAAACAGCCUUUGUGCUAGCUGAGUUCAAGUGCAAAGUCACUCUGAUAGCAAGGAGAGAAGGCGUGCUUCGGGCAUUUGACACGCUAAUACAGAAGAAAGUGCAGAAAUCGCUGGAGUCAAAAGGCAUCAGACUGAUUGAAAAUGCCACAGUCGUAAGCCUACAGGAGAAAAACAGAGAAAUAAAUGUGGAGAUCAGCCACAAAGAGUCGCAAGAGCACGAGAAUAUUGUGGUGGAAAAAGUGAUAUGUGCAGUUGGAAGAGCAGCUAAUACGAAAAGCAUAAAAAACCCAGAGAUAAAAACAGACGCAGCUGGCUUUGUGGAAACAGACAACCUGUUUAGAACAUCAGCAGAGGGCGUGUAUGCAAUUGGAGACAUAACAAUGGAAGAGAGCAUGCUCACGCCUGUGGCCAUUUUUUCAGGAAGACGGCUGGCUGAUUACCUAUUUGGGAAUAGCCCUAAAAACAUAAAAAAAAUGAUCAGCUCCGUGCCCACUGUUGUUUUUUCGCAUCCUCCUGCAGGCUCAGUGGGGUAUUCCGAAGAAAAAGCCCGCGAUCUAUGCAGUGCAGUGUCUGUGCACAUUGCAGAGGUAGAUCAUCCGUCAUCUCUUUUCUCCACUGAAAAAAACUCCUAUAAAUUUAUAUACGAUAGCGAAACAAGCGAGCUGCAUGGCGUGCACGUGCAUGGCUAUGAGUGCGAUGAAGUCCUGCAGGGAUACUCAGCACUGGUGCGAAAUGGCAUUAAAUAUUCCAAAAUCCGCGAAUAUCUGGAGACAAUAGGAAGCGAAGAAAGCGAGUUUUUAUCGGGGGCAUUUGAAUAA